AUGGCUUCAAAGCGGAAGAACGACCAAUCUGAUGAGAACACAUCCCGCAAUAGAAAAAAGUUAAGGGUAGCAGAUGCUCGGACUAUCGCAGUACAAUCUGCUGAAUCUGCAGCUGGAGGGACAAAUGCUGCCGCAGGGCCUUCGUCAAGAGCAGCAUCUCAGUUUGAUAGCAUGAAAGGAUUGCCUACUGUACUGGACGUGGAGAAGUUCACCGAGGCUCGUGCUUUCGAAAUAGAUGCAAUGCAAACUGCUAUGAAGAAUGCAAGCGCAAGUUCCACACAUCGUGCAUGGCAGAUGCUACCCAGGCACUUGCGGCGAAGAGCAGCAAGCCAUGAUGUUCGUCGUGUUCCUUUACGUCUGCGAGAGAAGGCACGCGCAGAGAUGGAUCCAGUCCGACGGAAGGCCCUUGGCCGCUCCAUCCCGAAACGCGGAAAGGGGAAGCAGAUUAGUCGAACCGAAGCGUUCUUGAAGCGCCAACGCGAUAAAACAUGGCUCGAGACUCAUAUUUGGCAUGCUAAGCGGAUGAAAAUGGAGAAUCUCUGGGGUUACAGGCUUGCAGUACAGCCAACUGAAAAGUCAUUUCGUCCAUCCCAUCGUGCUGCAGUACACGGCUCCAUCCUUCAUGACGCGUCCUAUUACUCACUUAUCGAGAUAAAAGGCUCAGAAGUGAUUAUCAAAUCUUUGCUGGAAAUGUGCUGCGAUCCUCAGGGGCCCGGUAUCAAGCGGUGUAUGACAGGGGCACGCGUCUUAGAUUCCCACAUAUACAAACCCGGACGAUAUCCUUUUGACUUGAUUGCGCCGGUCACUGUCUUGUGGAUGCCAGUGGCUGCAGGAGAUCCUAUUAAACCACCUAAGAAAACUGUGCUCCGGUCGUCGUCAAAUUCGAAGAAAUCUAAGCGUCAAGAUAAAGGUGAACAAGGAGGACCCAGUACUGCACAGACUCCCCCAUCAGCUGGAGACCGAGUAGUAUGGGUCCGCUGCCAUCCUGCCGUCCACGAUACGAUUUUUACAGCCUUGCAAACAUCUGCUUCUUUGUCUCUCCAAUCUGCCAAACAGCAAGACCAGAGCAAACAUUAUGAGAUAGAAAUCGCAGACUUGCGAGGGCAAGUUAAUGUCUUCGAGAUAAUGGGCCCGAAAUCUAGCCAGGUUAUCAAGGGAGCUUUAUCACCAGCCAAUGAUGAUAAAAGAGAAGAAUUCAAGAAGUUUUGGUCGUCAUUAACAGACCUACAAACAACGGCAUCAUUACCGCGUGGUAUGGUCGUUGGCUUCAAGGUACUUGAUCCACGGCUCAAAUUUCCCCCAAAGAAUGCAAGGCCCCAAUCCAAUGAAUCAGGCCUACCCACGUCUUCACCGGACUUUUCAUUUCCUACAUCGAUUCUUGCACAAAGCCAAAUAUGGGAUGAAGAGAAGCGGAACGGCCUCAAAAAGCCAAGGUACAAGAAGAAAGACUUGGAUGAACGGCGGUCUAAGAACCUCGUUCCUGGGCAAGGCCUUAACCCUUUACGUCAAGAUGAUCGCAUUCCCGUUCUCCUUAUUCAGCGUUCUAUUGAAAAUACUGCCUCAUCCAAUUCGGCACUCCAUGGUUGGACACUUAUUCUACCAGCAGGCUGGGCAAUGCCUUUUCUUUCUUCUUUGAUAUUUACAGGUACACGAGUGGCAGGUCAGCGCGAGCGUAAGACCCAAGCAUUCGAAGCAGGCACUGCAUAUUUUCCUCGCGAUUAUCCCUUCACAGAUUUCUAUGAGCAAUUUGCAGAAGAACGAGCCGACGAGGAGAAGGGGAGUUGGGAAAGGAAACCACCCGCAAAAAGGCCAAAUUUUGAAAAGUUGCAAACUAAGAGCCCUUGGAAACCUGACUGGGAUGUAGUCCUGGGCAUUGCCAACUCAUCAAGGUCUACCUCUGAUAUGGUCCCCACGCAGAGGGAGAAUAAUGCGCCUGCUGGAGAUGCUGACAGACAUGUUAUUCCAUGGCUCUUGCGUGGCGCAGACGUACCUGCUAUGCUGGACAACGCGUUCAAAAUAUUUAAUCACACCGCAGCGGUGCUGGCAGAAAUAAAUAGGCUUAGGGCGAAGAGAUUUUUAGAUGCGUUGGGUCCCAGCACACGCGCUGAAGAUCUCUGGAAAGGAGCUUUGGUAUCGGUGAAACUUAACAUGCGUCGCAAGGGAGCACCCAGCGAUCUCGCCAUCAUAUACCGCAUCGAGGACGCCGAAGCAAAGCAACUAAUGGAUGUCACGACAAAGAAGACCAGAAUGAUUGAGCAUGACCCUUCGACUGAAAUUGAGAUAUCACAAGCUACACCAUCGCCAGCCUCGGUCAUUGGAUAUGUUACAUCUGGCAAUUUUUCUCUUUCUCGAGGACACAGUUUCGCCAUCGGUGCUGUGCCAGUAGCGCAAUUUUUCAACUUGCAACAACAAGCACAGAGGCUAGGCAACCUAGACCUGUUGGAAGGCUAA